AUCCUUUCUGUAUCUCGCGCGCUGAGUUCGGGACCUGGACGACUUUUAGAAAUACUUAAAAAAAAAAAAAAGAAUUAGGUAGCAAGCCCCGUCACUCUUGGCUUGGGAGAGCGCGAUCCCCUCUGCGUGUUUACUUAAUUUAAGUUCAAUUUGGACUUAGUCGCUCGUGUGCUUUUUUAGGCUUACAGUCGUUAGCCUGCAUUCCUGUACAUGUUUACUGGGAAAUAAUACAAAACCCAGUCUUUUGGCUUCUUUGAGACUUAACAGAUUUUUGGCAUAAACUUUUAUAUUGUAGAGCAGAUGAUUAAAAACAUCUGAUCUUGUGUUUUGCUAUAACAGACUUUUUUUGCCGUGGGAAAUAAGUGCUGUAUGACGUUCACUAGAGCUUAUUUCCUAUUUGUGCAAAUAUGUGUAGACCUAGAUUUCAAGCUGUGAUGUGUUUUUCAGUGGACAGUCCCUUUUAUAUUUGAGUGCACAUAAUGUAUAUGGGUCUCAUUUUGGAGUUUAUAUAUUAGUAUCUGUUAUUCCACGCUUUAAGGCUCAUGGGGCAGUGCUUUAGGUUAGGAUGCAGUGGAGUAGGGAAGAGCAAGCUACAGCUUGUGGGUCACAUCUGCUUCGUGUUAGCUUUUCAUCUUGCUCUCAUGAUGACUGAUGGCGGCUCUGCCGUCUUUAGCCCUGCUUGGCUCAUCUGCAUUGCUAGUAGUGAUUGGCAGGUGAGACAGUUGUGGCCGCAGUAGUCCCUUAAAACUAUUGUGUGUGGAAAAAAGCUUCUUGCAAAUGGUUGCAGCCUAAUAGCUGAGUGACUCGCAGCCUCAUUACCAUGUUGAAGGGAUGCACUCUCACCCUGUCGGAAAUCUGUGCAUCUUGGAAAGAAUGGAUCUCUCUUGUGAGAUGCUUGCAGUGCUACGUAUGGCCUGCUAUACAAUUUAAUACCUAGAUACGGCCUUUUGACAGAAAAUUCUGCAUACCAGUUGUGCUAUGGAUGCUACUUGGGAGCAAGCCUCAUUGAACCAGGACUAGCUACAGGUUUUUCUGAGCCCUGGGAAAGAGAACUUUGGUGGGUCUUCUGCCAUACACACUCCUCACAUACAGAAACAGGAAGCAACACACAGCUUGCUCUCAUACACAGCACACAGUUUGUGAAUGAGCGUAGAUGAUUAUGGAUCCAGGUGGUGGAAGUCUUGGGUUGCAGACACAGGAAUCCAAAAUGCCUCACACUAUGAUUAUGCAAGAUUUUGUGGCUGGAAUGGCUGGUACUGCUCACAUUGAUGGAGACCAUAUUGUUGUGUCAGUUCCUGAAGCUGUACUAGUUUCCGAUGUUGUCACAGAUGAUGGGAUAACACUUGAUCAUGGCUUAGCAGCUGAAGUUGUCCAAGGACCUGAUAUCAUAACUGAAACUGAUGUUGUUACAGAAGGGGUGAUAGUUCCUGAAUCUGUAUUGGAAGCUGAUGUUGCUAUUGAAGAAGCACUAGAUACCAGUGAUCAUGUUUUGACUUCAGAUCUAAUAACAGAAACUGUUAGAGUUCCUGAUCAGGUUUUUGUGGCUGAUCUUGUUACGGGUCCUGAUGGACAUUUGGAACAUGUGGUACAAGAUUCCGUGUCAGGAGCUGACUCUCCUACAAUGGUUUCAGAAGAGGUUCUGGUAACCAAUUCAGAUACAGAAACUGUGAUUCAAGCAGCUGGCACUGUUCCUGGUUCUACAGUUACUAUAAAGACUGAAGAUGAUGAUGAUGGCAAGAGCACAUCCGAAGACUACUUAAUGAUAUCUUUGGAUGAUGUUGGGGAAAAGCUAGACCAUAUUGGAAACACACCAUUAAAAAUCAGCACUGAGGUUUCACAUGAUGAUGUAUCUAAAGAUGAUGGUUUUGGUUCUGAAGUUAUUAAAGUUUACAUAUUUAAAGCUGAAGCUGAGGAUGAUGUGGAAAUAGGUGGAACAGAAAUUGUAACAGAGAGUGACUUUCAUAAUGGGCAUUCUGUAGCUGGAGUUCUAGAGCAAGGAGGCGUUGGCAGAGUACAACGAGAGAAGAUGGUUUAUAUGGCUGUUAAGGAUUCCUCUCAGGAGGAUGAAGAUAUUAGUUGUGCUGAAAUAGCUGAUGAAGUUUACAUGGAGGUUAUUGUUGGUGAAGAGGAAGCAACAUCACUUCCCGACGCACAGCUUGAAGACUCUGGUGUGAAUAAAACUUUUGUUCCCGUUGCAUGGGCUGCUGCUUAUGGAGAAGAUAGAAGACUUUCCCGAAGAUAUGAAGAUGGUCAAACACCAGGAACGAACUUGGAUGCAAGAUUAGAAAACAAAAAUGGUAAUGCAACACAAUACCUGCAAAUCUGUGAUAGCAUUAGCACAAACAGACUGCUUAAACAGAAAGCCAAGAAAAGGAGGAGAGGGGAAGCAAGGCAGUGGCAAACAGCUGUUAUAAUAGGUCCUGAUGGACAGCCCUUAACAGUCUACCCUUGUCACAUAUGUGGGAAAAAAUUUAAGUCCAGGGGAUUCUUGAAAAGGCAUAUGAAAAACCACCCAGAUCACAUGAUUAAGAAGAAAUAUCAGUGCACAGACUGUGAUUUUACAACUAACAAGAAAGUCAGCUUUCAUAAUCAUUUGGAAAGCCAUAAGCUUAUCAACAAAGUUGACAAAACGCAUGAAUUCACAGAGUACACCAGGCGGUACAGAGAAGCAAGUCCACUGAGUUCGAAUAAACUGAUCUUAAGGGACAAGGAACCUAAACUGCACAAGUGCAAAUAUUGUGACUAUGAGACUGCAGAGCAAGGACUGCUGAAUAGACAUCUCCUUGCAGUUCACAGCAAGAACUUUCCUCAUGUUUGUGUUGAGUGUGGGAAAGGAUUCCGCCAUCCUUCCGAGCUCAAAAAGCAUAUGAGAACCCACACAGGGGAGAAGCCUUACCAGUGCCAGCAUUGUGUCUUCCGUUGUGCUGAUCAGUCCAAUCUGAAGACACACAUCAAAACCAAGCAUGGUACUGAUCUUCCCUUUAAAUGUGAACAUUGUCCACAGGCGUUCACAGAUGAGAAAGAACUCCAGCAGCACACAGAGUUGUUUCAAGGGCAUAAGACUCAUCAGUGCCCACAUUGUGACCACAAGAGCACCAACUCAAGCGACCUGAAACGACACAUAAUAUCUGUUCACACAAAGGACUUUCCUCACAAAUGUGAGGUGUGUGAAAAAGGCUUCCACCGUCCAUCAGAGCUGAAAAAGCACAGUGAAACACAUAAAGGUAAAAAGAUACAUCAGUGCAGGCACUGUGACUUUAAGACUUCAGAUCCUUUUGUACUUAGUGGGCAUAUCCUCUCAGUUCAUACCAAGGACCUGCCUUUUAAAUGCAAACGAUGCAAAAGAGGAUUUAGGCAACAAACCGAACUCAAGAAGCACAUGAAGACGCACAGUGGAAGGAAAGUCUAUCAAUGCCAGUAUUGUGAGUAUAGCACUACAGAUGCAUCAGGCUUUAAGCGGCAUGUCAUAUCAAUACACACAAAAGACUAUCCACACAGGUGUGAGUACUGCAAAAAGGGAUUCCGUAGACCAUCAGAGAAAAAUCAGCAUAUAAUGAGGCACCACAAAGAGGCCCUAAUGUAACAUAUGAGCUAUAGAAGAAAGCAGUUUAGAAACUGAUGUGCUAAUUGGGGAAGAAAACUCUCAUGAACUGUUUCUCCUGGUUUCAAAGCUUGAUAUUAAAUCAUAACUUUACAUUCUUUGUAUUACAAGUCUUAAAAAGUAUUAGGGUUGUCAGGGGAUCUCAUAGCCCUAUGAUUGUCGCUCAUCAGAACCUAAAGAACACUACAGUGCAGAGAGACGAAUGUUUGAAAAGCUGCAGGAAGAGACCUUGAAUGUCUUCUGUUUAAAGUAUUAUACAUUAUUAAGCUAAAGAAAAUACUGAGACCAUUAUCUUAGCCCUUUAUCAGUAACGCCAUUUAUCCCCUUAUUCAAAACCGGGGAUGGGAGUUCUUUAAAAAUGUUUGCUAAGGCAAGUCUACCAUAUGCAGGUUUUGAACAGAAAAACUACAUAAAAGUCUGUUGCUUUGUCAUUACAUUUUUAAAUUGUGCUGGGAGAGAGUAUUCAAAAACUGGUCAGAUUUUGAGCUCUGUCUUUUUUGUUUUUAAAGCAAAUACAUAUUUCAUCAGGAAACAUCAUUUCCUUCUUUACUGAGGUUCAAUGAGCAAUAUUUAAAUCUUUUUUUCCAGAGCUGCUAACCUCUUUUAUCUCAAGAUAAGGUGUUAAAAAUACAGCAUUAUGUUUUUGAGCUCAAAAGGUGUUGUUUGGUGCUAGAAUUAAAGACGUGUAUGUAUAUAAUUUCCCUUUUUAUCUGAAAACUGCAGUUGAAUAUGUUCGGUAUGGCACAUAUAACAAAAAGUACCUUUUGACCAAUUUAAUUAUUAGAAGAUUAUUAUUUUUAAAAGGAAAAAAAAUAGAUGGAUGCAGCUGUUGGUGCUAAGACUUGGCGCUGUCCUUUUUCUUGCUACUUUACUAUCUUCCCUUUAAAAAAAAAAGAAUAUCAAGAUUACAAUAGUUGAAAAUGCCUAGGGAGUCUUAUGGCGCAGUGUUCCAGGCAAGGUCGGACUACUGUAGUCUUUACUUGCUGAUAAAAAAAAGUUUCAGUGUAGAAAUGAAAAUUGCACCUUUUAAUCAAUUCAUAUGAAACAUGUACCGUACUAUAAACAUGCAUUUUCAAUCUGUAAGAAAGUUAUAUAUGCAGUAUUUAACCAGAACAAUAUGCUGCCACUAGAGUUUGGAGGUGGAUCUUCAGUUUACAGUGUAUACAUUUGAAAUAUGCAUCCCUUUAAACAAUGCUUUGUGUUAGCAUGCUGCAAAUCAAAAUGGCGCUUAAUAUAACAAGCUGGUCUAGGGCUAUUUAAUAAUUAAAAACUGUUCAUAAAUGUUAUGCAUAUAAUGUGUACUUUUUUAACUUUUUUUUAAGUUGCUUCAUGUUUGCACACAGCUGUUCACAUGAUAAAUUGUAACUUUAUUUCAUGCUACUAUAUUGUGGCUUUGUGUUUCGGAUAAUGUUCAUACUUUGUUUUUGCACCAGAUGAGAAUCAGUUCCUUGAGAAUAAUUUUUUUUUAUAUUUCUAAACUUCAGAAAGUUAACUUUGGGAAACCUUAGAAAACUACUUGUGUUUUAUGUGGCUGUAAAAAAUGAUGUACACGCUGUAAAAUAAGAUUGUCACUGUUAUGUGGGAUUAUUAUUAUUUUGAAAUGUGUUACUCAUUGUAAUGAGCAUUCAAUAAAAUGCAUCUGUUGCAC